AUGCCUGGGCUUACAAUAGGUGACUCACUUCCAAACCUGAAAGUCGACACAACUCAUGGCCAAAUAAAGCUUCAUGACUAUGUUGGUGAUAACUUCACCAUCAUAUUCUCGCACCCUGGUGACUUCACACCGGUUUGCACCACUGAGCUUGGUGCCAUGGCUGCCUAUGCUGACAAGUUUGCUCAAAGGGGUGUCAAGUUGUUGGGCUUGUCUUGUGAUGAUGUUCAGUCUCACAAGGAAUGGAUCAAAGAUAUUGAAGCCUAUAACAAUGGAAAAAAGGUAACAUACCCAAUUGCUGCUGAUCCAGACAGAGAGAUUAUCAAACAGCUGAAUAUGGUUGAUCCAGAUGAGAAGGAUUCUUGGGGAAAUAUUGUUCCAUCUCGUGCUCUCCACAUUGUCGGUCCUGACAAGAAGAUAAAGUUGAGCUUUUUAUAUCCGGCAAGCACGGGGAGGAACAUGGAUGAAGUGGUGAGGGCUUUGGACUCGUUGAUCAAGGCUUCCAAGCACAAAAUCGCGACACCCGCAAACUGGAAGGAAGGGGAAGCAGUCGUGAUAGCUCCAAGUGUGUCGAAUGAGGAAGCUAAGAAAAUGUUCCCCAAAGGUUUUAAGACGGCCGAUCUUCCAUCUAACAAGGAUUACCUGCGUUUCACUCAUGUUUAA